UUGGGCGAGAUGGCCCAAGUGGUUAGAGCGCGAAUUUACUGACCGGAAGGUUCGUGGUUCGAAUCCGACCUCCGCCACUCGACUUCCCCUGUCUAGGCCUGGGCAACCUGGCAGUAUCCUAGCCCUCGUGCUUCCUUUCGGGUGGAAUGCUUCUAGACCAAGAGCAGGUGACAUGGAUAUCCUGACGGAACAGCUCAAGACCAGUGGCUGCAGUACAAAUCCCACCAAAAGCGUUAUCGCUAGGACACCUGUGGCGUCAGAUUGGUGCAUUCCUGAAUCUCAAGGGACGUGUGGAUCAAGCCACGGUGGGACUCUUUUGUUGUAUGGCUGUGAGACUUGGCCUGUUCGAGUAGCGGAACUGAGAUUUCUUCAGGUGUCCGACAUUCGUUAUCUCAGAACCAUAGCUCGCGUGGGUUGGUGUCGGCGAAUCCGUAACGAGGCAGUUAGAAAGCGUGUUUUCGGUUGUGUAACGGGUACUUCCAUUGAAGAAUGUGUCCAGCACCAGAAGCUGCGUUGGUUGGGACAUGUGUUACGUCCUGAAGGGGCAAGAUGGCUCAAGUGGUUAGAGCGCGAAUUUACUGACCGGAAGGUCCGUUCGAACCCGAACUCUGCCUCUCGACUUCCCCUGUCUAAACUUGGUCAACCUGGAAGUAUCCCAGCUCUUGUGCUUCCUUCGAGUAGCAUGGCAGCUAGGCACCGGAAGGGUGUUACAGCUAAGCGUAAUAAAUGGUCGAAUUUACCGACCCGAAAGUCCGGGGUUCGAACCCCACCUUUGCCUCUCGACUUCCCCUACAUAGACCUGGGCAACCUGGCAGUAUCCCAGCCCUCGUGCAACCUUUGGGUGGCAUGGCAGUUAGGGACCGAAAAGUUGCUACAGCUGAACGAUUUUUUUACGUGCGCGAUACUCACGGAUGUAGCCAGUACCAAUUCUGAACCACAAAUUUAUUGUUCCUG